AUGGCGAUGACGAAGUCUGUGGUAGCGUUGUUGUGCUGCCUCUCGGCAGUCGCAAUGGUCUGUGCUGAGGAUCCCUACUUCUACUUCACGUGGAACGUGAGCUACGGAACCAUCUCUCCUCUGGGCGUACCUCAGCAGGUCAUUAUGAUCAAUGACGAGUUCCCUGGUCCCAACAUCAACUCUACCUCCAACAACAACCUUGUCGUCAAUGUCUUCAAUAACCUCGAUGAGCCAUUACUCUUCCAUUGGAACGGCAUCCAGCAAAGGAAGAACUCAUGGCAAGAUGGAUUGCCCGGGACCAACUGCCCUAUCCUUCCCGGAACCAACUUCACAUACCAAUUCCAGGUGAAGGACCAGAUCGGUAGCUACUUCUAUUACCCAUCCCUUGGCAUGCAAAGGGCUGCCGGCGGCUUCGGAGGUCUCCGUGUCAACAGUCGUCUGCUCAUCCCUGUCCCUUACCUAGACCCAGAAGAUGACUACACUGUCUUGAUUGGGGACUGGUACACCAAGAGCCACACCGCCCUCAAGCAGGUUCUUGACAGCGGAAAAACCAUCGGAAAGCCCAAUGGUGUCCUCAUGAACGGCAAGAACAAGGCCGAUAGCGAAUCCCCACUCUUCACCAUGAAGCCUGGCAAAACCUACAAGUACAGAGUCUGCAACGUUGGGCUCAAAGUCUCCCUUAACUUCAGGAUCCAAGGGCACAACAUGAAGCUUGUAGAGCUUGAGGGUUCCCACGUAGUGCAGAACGUGUACGAGUCCCUUGACGUUCACGUUGGGCAGUGUUAUGCGUUUUUGAUAACAGCUGACAAAGACCCUAAGGACUACAUCAUGGUUGCCUCCUCCCGCUUCACCCAAUACAACAUUUCCGCAACCGGACUCAUCCGCUACACCAACAGCAAGGCACCAGCAUCUCCUGAGCUACCUAAAGCACCCGUCGGUUGGGCUUGGUCUCUCAACCAGUUCCGUACCUUCCGUUGGAAUCUCACUGCCAGUGCUGCCCGCCCUAACCCACAAGGCUCAUACCACUACGGUAAAAUCAACAUCACUCGCACCAUCAAGCUCGCCAACACCGCAUCCACCGUCGACGGCAAGCUCCGCUACGCCAUCAACGGUAUCUCCCACGUUGAUCCAACCACCCCACCAAAGCUCGCUGAGUAUUACGGUGUCGCCGACAAGGUGUUUGAAUAUGAUCUCGUAAAGGAUGAGCCCGCUGAGGACGAGAAGAAGAUCACCAUUGCACCCAGCAUCGUCAACGCCACCUUCCGUAACUACAUCGAAAUCAUCCUCGAGAACCACGAGAAAGGCAUCCAAACAUGGCACUUGAAUGGUUAUUCCUUCUUUGCUGUGGCCAUCGAAACUGGCAAGUGGACCCCAGAGAAGAGGAAAAACUACAACUUGCUCGAUGCUGUCAGCCGCAACACAAUCCAGGUCUAUCCUUACUCCUGGGCUGCUAUCAUGCUUACCUUCGACAAUGCCGGUCUAUGGAGUUUGAGGUCCACCAUGCAAGAGAGGGCUUACCUUGGACAGCAGCUCUACAUCAGCGUUCUAUCCCCUGGUCGCUCUCUUAGGGAUGAAUACAACCUCCCUGACACCGCUUUGGUCUGCGGUAUUGUGAAGGACAUGCCCAAGCCACCUCCAUACUCCUCCGGUGCCUAAUUUUCUUUUUUUU